AUGGGAAUUACAAGCCAAACCUCCAGCAUCUUGGAUCCCUCCAUCAUCUUUUCCGUAGUGAUUGCGUUGUUGCUAAUUACCUACUGGUAUGGUACUCGCGCUUUCUCGGUUCUGAGUCGAUUGAAUGUCCCCGGUCCAAAACCUCUGCCGUUUGUCGGCAAUUUACUCGAAGUUCGCAAAUAUGGAAGCGUUCACUUGAUGAUGUCGGAGUAUGUACGAAAAUACGGCAAAGUCUUCGCUGUUUCUCUCGGUAUGAAGCCAUCUUUAGUCGUAGCAGAUCCUGAAAUGUUGAAAACGAUCAUGGUCAAAGAGUUUUCUGUGUUUCACAACCGCAUGCUUCCAACUCCUCCACCGCCUAUGAAUUCAGCCGUGUUCUCCGCGCGCGACGAGACGUGGAAGCGGAUCCGCAAUAUCCUGACGCCCUCGUUCAGCGCGCGAAAGAUGAAACUGAUGGUGCCACUGAUAGAGGAAUCGUGUGACGUACUGAUGAAGAAACUAGAGGAAAUAGCUGAUACUGGCAAGUCAUCAUUAUGUAAAAUUUAAAAUUACAUUAAAAAAAUGCAUUAUGUUGAAGCUCGGACAUCUCGAAGCAAUUCACUUUCCCACGGAAUUUUUUUAUGUUUACUUGGCUGAGGGGGGAGGGGGUGGGAAAGUCUCUUCUCAUGUCCUGGCCUCCUGAAUGUUGCCCUUUUGUUUAUCUUUAGCCUGUGAGUAAUAUGUUCCCCCUUUACUUUACCUCGUUCCAAAGCGGGGGUGUCACAGGUAAAAUGAAUAGAUGAGUAAGUUUGUAAGGAAAUUGUGGUGUUGCGUCAGUGAAAGGUAUGACAAAAUAAUUUGAGUUCAUAUAAAUGUUAAUCAGUCACCGUGAAAGUUUCUAGAGCUGACGUUUCCAGCGUCAUCCCCUUCUCAGAUCGAAGAGUUAAGGUGCUUGACGUAGUCGGGAUGCUUGAGAGGCGAGGCUUUUGGUGAUUCGGAUUUCUCUGUUGUGCAUCUUGGUUCUAUUCUGCAAAGGUCCUCUUGUCUCGCCAAUGUUAACGUCGAUGUAAACUGUUUAAUCCAUAUUUUGUUUUCAUUCAUCUCAUCUUGAAACCUCGCUUAUCAGGUAAAACAGUGAACAUCAUGGACUGGUUCAGCAUGCUGACACUGGAAAUUAUCAUCUCUACUGCUUUUGGUAUCCAAGCCAAUGUACAAACUGAUCCAGAUGAAACACUCCUGACAAAAGCAAGGCAAUCCUUUCGAUUCCCCUUUAUUCUGCGUAUUAUAGGCCGUAUGCCUCUCAUCAGGACAAUCCUGCGAUUGGUUAUGCGUCUGAAAGGAGGGAUGGGAUAUUUUGGAAAUAUUGCUUUGGAGAUGAUCCGUCAGCGGCGAAGAGAAGGCGGCACCAGCCGACAGGAUCUGAUGCAACUCAUGUUGACCGCCCAUGAAGAGUCCACACUACAGGGUGACAGCAAACUAACAGAUGAGGAAAUCGUCGCGCAGUGCGUGGCUUUUUUAUUGGCUGGUCACGAGACCUCAAUGAUCACUCUUUCUACCAUAGCAUACCACUUGGCGUUAAACCCAGAAGUUCAAGAGCAGUUGCGCAAAGCUAUUUUCCAGUUCACUGAGGAAAAUCCUGAAGCUUCCCUUUACGAGAUGUCCCAUAGUAUCGAGUACUUAGACUGCGUCAUCAACGAAACUCAACGACUAAGUCCUCCAGCACAUCAGCUGAACCGUGAGUGCGGCCAAGAUUUCCAAAUCAAGGGUAUCUCAAUUCCCAGAGGUACGGAGAUUAUUAUUCCUUUCUAUGCCCUUCAUCAUGAUCCCGAGGCAUGGCCGGACCCGGAGAGGUUUGACCCCGGAAGAUUUCAAAGCCCCGCUAGAGAUACCCGUCAUUCCUACCAGUACCUUCCGUUCGGUGCUGGGCCCCGGAAUUGCAUUGGAAUGAGGUUUGCUCUGAUGGAAAUAAAGAUCGCGAUGGUGAAAAUCCUGAUGAAGUUCAAGUUUGAGCGGGCGCCCGAGACACAAGUUCCACUGGUUAUGCACGCCGGUAACACUUUAUCUCCUCGUGACGGGGUUCACCUAAGGAUUGAGUCCAUAUAG